CAUGUCUUCACCUUUCCGAGGAACCCGACCCGUGUUCGUUCCUCAUUUUCAAGGCAAUUUAUCCAGUGGCCUGUCCGAUCUUGGUCAGUUUGUUGCACAGAAGAAGCUGAGAGAAACGGAUGGCUGAGCAGGAAGAUUCCCCCCUGGCCACAGGGAGCCUGGCCGGCAGUGAGGAGGCCCUCGUUGUCCCAGCAGCACCCAGAGGGGGCUCCAACAGUCGUGCUCUGAAGGUGGCAGGCCUGACCACUCUGGCAUGUUUGCUGCUGGCUAGCCAGGUGUUCACCGCCUACAUGGUGUUGAGCCAGAAGCAGCAGAUCCACACGCUGCAGAAGAGCUCAGAGAGGAUGGGCAAACAGCUGACUCGCUCGUCUCAGGCCGUGUCUCCAAUGAGGAUGCACAUGCCCAUGAACAGCCUCCCUCUGCUGGCAGACUUCACUUCAGACGAGGAUCCCAAGAAAAAAGCUCCCUCCACGAAACCGAAGGACACCGCCGUCGUCAGCGUGGAGAAACAGCUGAGGGAUCUCAUGCAGAACUUCCAGCUGCCCCACUUCAAUGAGACCUUCCUGUCCAACCUGCAGAGCCUGAAGCAGCAGAUCAACGAGAGCGAGUGGAAGAACUUCGAGACCUGGAUGCGUCACUGGCUCGUCUUCCAGAUGGCCCAGCAGAAGCCAGCGGCGGCGCCCACCUCUGAGCCAGCGUUUGAGGUCAAGACCAAAUGCCAGCUGCAGGCGUCCCCCGGCUACAGCAAGAUCGGCGCCUUCAAGCCUCAGUGUGACGAGCAGGGCCGCUACCUGCCCAUGCAGUGCUGGAGCGCCACCGGCUACUGCUGGUGUGUGGACAAAGACGGCAACGUCAUCGAGGGCACUCAGAUGCGCGGCCAGCGCCCCACCUGCCAGAGAGGUGCGUAUUCACGCCGCAUGAUGGCUGCACCCAUGAUGAUGCAGAAGACCCUCAGCGAGGAUGAUAAUUGAAACAAAAGGCGUGGAGCAGCAGGAGACACUUCUUUGCAGGAAUGAGGGAUCUGGUAACAUAGCAAGGACUUUGACGCGUAUAUAAUAAUGACCUUGGUCACUGAUCAGCUAAUCCUUCUCAUGCUUUUAAUCCCUUUGGUGGUUGCUUCAAAUGAAAUCAGUAGGAACGCGUAGCUUUCGUGUGCUGCUUUUUAUUUUUGACUUUUACACAAGAACCUGUUUUGGGGUUUCUUCUUUGAAGAAGACUUUGAAGUCUAUAUAUACAUAUAACCUGUAAGACAUUAUGAGUAUUAAAUUCAUUUGUUGCUGAAGAAUGCGUAAUGGGUAAAAUCAAUUUAACCAAACAUGUGAUCACACUUUGACUUUACCCUGUUUCCUUGUAAUUUGGUCGCCAGAGCUUUUGAAAGGAGGUGAAUGUACAGUGUCAGCGUGUGGCUGUGAAGCUGUUCAUGUGAAAGAAGGCUCAAUAAAGUAUUCCUAACAACCCUGUUUGCAUUUCUAUACAUAUAUUCACUCAUGUUAAAUCUGUCACCUAAAUAAACUUCAUAAUGAUUUGAUGCAGUA